UGGGAGAGUUUUCAUUGACAUGCUAAAACUUUCUAAUAAAAGAUUUUAAUUAGUGACGUUUCAAAUCCAGCCCCCUUGUCAACAUAGUUAUAAGGAGGACUUGCAGAGAAAUGCAAGUACAGUGUAGGUGGUAUGCUGGCUGAAGGUGAAAGCAUGGCAAGUACAUCCUUGUGUCCUGCUAAUACAUCAGUAUCUCAGAAUCUUCAAAAAGUGUCUGGUUUUGUGGAAAAGAAAGCUGCACAGUGUUCAUUUUCCAUUGAAAGUAUUUUGGGAUUGGAACAGAAAAAAGAUGUCAUUUCAGCUAUGAAGCCUCACAGACCGUGGAUGGAUACAUGCACCAACCUGAUUUUACAUGAAGACAGCAAUCCUCAUAUGCAAAUCCCUGUUAUUUCCUGUGAAAACUCAUUAUUCCAUGUUAACAGUACUGCAAUGCAAGAGGAGAAAGUUUUGAAGUGUGAAAAGUAUUUUUCAGUGAGUGAAAGGCUGUCUUUCAAACGAGAAUUGAGCUGGUACAGGAGUAGAAGACCAAGAACUGCUUUCACUAGAAACCAGAUUGACGUUUUGGAAAAUGUUUUUAAGAUGAACUCCUACCCUGGCAUUGACAUUAGGGAAGAAUUAGCUCGCAAGUUAAAUUUAGAUGAAGACAGGAUUCAGAUCUGGUUCCAGAACCGUCGUGCAAAGCUGAAAAGAUCACACCGAGAAUCUAAAUUUUUAAUGGUCAAAAACACUUUCACCUCUAAUCUGCUAGACUAAGAAGAAUG